UUGACAGAUAUGGCAAGAUAUUCCAGUGACUCGGACUCGGACCACAGUAGCAGAUACCGAAGGAAACGAAAUCGAAAGUCAAGGUCUAGCAGCUCAGACAGCAGUGAAUCCUCACCACAUCGAAGGAGAUCCUCAAAACAUUCUAAAACAAAACGUAAACAUCGAUCACACUCAAGAAGUAGAGGAAGAGAUCGAAAUUCAAAGAGCCAUAAAGGAUCCAGGAGCAGUCACUCGAGAGACCGAGAUAAAAGACGUUACCAUUCUAGCACCGGUAGAUCAUACUCUUCGGACCGUACAAGAAGAAAGGCUAGAUCUAUAUCCAGAGAAAAAUCACGAAGUCCUUCCAGCAGUUCACAAUCGAAUCAACCAAAAAUGAAUACAGAGAAAAGCCAAGUCUUAACAACAAAAGAUGAUUUUCCCAUUGAACCACGUUUCAAAGAUAGUGUACUUGAAGAAAUAAACGCUGAAGGUUUCAUUCCUAAGCAGUUCACUUCAUCUGUUACCAAGGAGAGUAAAUUUAAAAAUAUUGUAAUAGACAUUACUUCAGAUACCAUACAAGUUCCACUAGUAUCUAAUGUUGCCAGUGGCCCGGAAAGUAUAUUUCAUACAUCAAUUAUGAUGGAUCAAGAAGCAAGAUUCGAUAAAUGGGUGAAAAAACUCUACACUCUUAGACAGAAAGCUAUAGCUGACUUGACACAUACAAAUAUGACGUAAUUUAAGAUUUAAAAGAUUUAAAAAUUUAGGUUAGCAUUUUGUAAUACACAAAUGAAUAUGAAAAUAUAUCCUGCA